AUCUGUGUUUUAUCGAUCGCGAUCGAUCAAGCGUACAAAACGGAGGUGAGAUCCUACGACGUAGUCGAAGACGAAAAUUUUGUUUGUUAAGCUAUCUGUUCACUCAUCACUGAGAUCAAUCAUGAGUUUCCAGGAGGAAUGGGAGAGGAAGAAAGAGGAAAGACAACGGAAGCGUACUGAGAUGGAUGGAGGACUUUCAAAAAGGCGAUAUACAUACAUGUAUGGCUCAGUUUCCCCACCAACCAAGACUUCUCAUGUGAUAGUCCCAAGUGUUCAGCUGAAACAGACUCCCAAGUCACCCACGGCAAUGAAGAAUAAUAAUCUUGGAGAGAAACCACUCAAUGAAGCUGAAAAGAAGGCAGAGGAGUUGCGUCAAAAGAGAGAGCAGGAGCGUAUCGAGGCUGAACAGCGAGCGAAGGAAGAAAUCAUAACUUCUGUCACAUUGGACCUAGACAAGAAGGAGGAGAUACGUCGAGCUCGUGAAGAACGUGAGCGACAGGAAAUGCUAGAGGCAGAAGAAAGGAAGGCUAGGGCUGAGGUAAGAUGAUAUUUAUUGUGUAUGAUUGGUUUGCUUGUGAUUGUGCCGUCCAGAUUGAGUCUUUUUCAGAGAUAGGAGAAACAGGGGGAGGAGGAGGCAGUGGUGGAGAGAGGAGGAAGAAGAUGAGGAG